AAAACCGAAAGUAGACUAUAUAUUUAACACAUUUUGCAACAUAUUGUUUAAACACAACUGUAACUAUUUAGACUUAGUGUCAAAUUAAAUACAUUCUAAGAUAUUAAGUAAAUAAAAAUUAAAAUAUAUAAGGAUCCCCGACACUCAACACUACUAUGGCUACUUCAUCGAAGCCCGAAAUUAAAGAUGUGAUAAUACUUGUCAAUGAAGGCAAAGGUAACAAACAUUUUCCGGGACACCGUCUUGGAGCUUGUGCUGAAAGACGAAUUCUUCAAAAAGUCUUUGUUGAGAAAUUUGGGUUUUCCCAAUUAAACACGGCUUACUUUAAUGGUGAUAUAUGUCUAGGUGAUUGGGACCAUGACAACCGACAAAAGUCGACACACACUUUAAAUGGUUCUUGCUGUAUCAAAUGCCUAAUCAAAUCCGCAAAGAAAGGAGAUGACAUUAAGCGAGAAAACAACCUACUCGUGGUUGCCAUAUGUUCUCAUGGAGGAGUAAACAGUAAGGGAAGUUACAUAUCUCUUGUUGGAGAUAAGGAAAAUGAACAGUUACAUCUCAUUGCGCUGCUAGAGUUUCUAAAAACAAGUGAAACAUUGAAGAAUAAAACCGUUAUUAUUCUUCUGGAAACGUGUAGAGGAAUCCUGGAAGACGAAGGCGUCCCUGUGGAGGUAUGUGACCCAGGAAUAGCGGAUACAGGGAAUGAAGCUGUUACAAAAGACCAACGUGACCAUCCUUCAUUUGUGCGACCAGAAACAUUCCAGCUGCCUGACAUACCAGAAAACUUCAUAAUUGUCUAUGGAACAACUCCUGGCAUGGUGUCAUACAGUGAUGGUGCCAAAGGAUCGUGGAUGGAGCAGGCACUAUUAGAAGAGGUAGAGGAACUCGAGAAAUCUCAUCCCGGAGAAGACAUAAACUUCCUGCAACUCCUCACCAAAAUUAAAGGAAAUGUUUCAAGAAGAAACACGUCUGGAACUCAACAAAAUGUGGAUGUCAUGCCAGAAGCGGAGUCAAGCGGCAAGAAAUGCAUCGUUCAGAGCGAGCACCAGCUGACCAAUCCACUCAUGCUGAAGUUUAAAAAGAAAUGAUAUUUCUGCGGUUUAACAAGACAUUUCUUCAUGAAAGAUAUUCGAAAACUGACUGGACAUAACACGACUUCACACAUUACUGUAAUUCUGAAUAACCAUUUUUAUAAUAUGCACAUAGUAAUAGAAUUUAACAGUUAAACUAUUAUUUUAGAAUUAUAUUAGUAUAAUUGUGUUAUUCAGUGUAAUUGAAUAUGCAUUAUACUACUUCUACUUCUACUGAUACUGCUUCUUCUGCUCAUACUCGUACUACUACAACAACAGCAACAACAACAACAACUACUACAACUACUACUACUACUUCAAUUAUUACUAUAAUAAUGAUAAUAGUAAUUAAAAUAGCCAUUACAAUCGUCAAUAUCGUCAUCAUAGUCAUAAACAGUAUCAUCAUCCUAAUCAACAUCAUUAUCAUACACAUCAAUUCGAUCAGCAUCAUACACAAGUCACUAACAUAGUCAGGAUCGCUACUGCAGAAGACAAUAACGCGAGAGUCAUGAGGCAUUUUUAUGAUUUAAUAAUAUUAUCUUACUAUAUUCACAUCAGUUUCAUUAGGUUCAUUAAUUAUUUUAGAUCUCAUCAUUUAUGUUCAGUUUCUCGGUAUCUCAUUUCUGACUGAUUUUUAUAAAAAUGCCAUAUUAUUUUGGCGUAAUAUUUUUACAUUUUACAUCAACAUGACGUCGUUAUCUAAUAUCCUCUUUUGGGGCGUUAUAUGAUUUUGCUUUGAUGCUAAAAAUCCAAAGAUGUAUUUCAUUAUAUUAAGGCUUGAUAACGUCCAUGAGGGUGACAUAUGUAAAAUGUGUGGACAUACCAUUACUUGUUUAUAUUUGUGCAUCAUUCAUGUAUUUAUAAGAUUCGUUAUCGAAAGUAUUGUAUGUUUUAACUUCAAUAGUAUAUGUUCAGAUAUCUAACGUGACAUAACAUACAUCGAACUCAAGCGGUUAUAUAUUUCUUUUAUCAUGUGUUAUAGGUGGAAUGAUGGGCGUAUGGUAUGUUUUUCCUUAAUAGAGCAUAUCAGAUAUGUGAAAUCUUUGUUUCAUUUAUUAACAAUUAUUAGAUAUAUUAUGUAAACUGAAAGCAUUGAUCUUGAAUGAUAUCGAUUAAAAUAAUACAUAUGAACCAAAAUGCAGCUGUAUUUCAAAAACCUCUAUUAACUAGAACACAUCUG